AUGAGGUCAAGUCACGUUCAUGGCCAUGUUGUAGAGGACCUGGUAACCAAGGCAAAUAAUCAAUUAAUUAACUGUAGAAACCAUAUUUUGGAGUUUAAAGAAAAUAUGCUACACUUAAGAAACAAAACUGAAAAAAAUAGCCAAGAGAGGAUGAAAGUUUGGAAUCGAAUGAAGUAUGAAAUUACAAAGAGAGAAAAUAUGUCAGGAAACUUAGUUGUGCAGAAAGCAGACAUAUUAAAUAAAAGUGAAACAGUAUCUAAUACAUUUGAAGACUUUAAGUUCUUUUUUCCACAACUAAGGAAAGAAGGCAGAAUUUAUCCUAACGUAAUCAUCAGCAACGGAAAAACUGCAGUUUCUUUUGCACUGGGUAUUUCCACUGUUAACAGAGGAAAUUAUAGUUACCUGAAACAGACGCUGACUUCUGUUGUCUCCAGGAUGACGCUCUCCGAAGAAGUAUUUAAGUAUUUAACUCUACAUGCAAAUAUCAAGAAAGACUUUCUUAGGAAGUCUGCAUUUACUUAUAUUUAUAGAUUCAAAAGGCAAGUGAGGUCUGGAUCCUUAGAGGUCAUUUCAAUACCUGCCUUUUUAUAUUCAACCAUGUUAAAUACCAAACACUUAGCUGAGUACUCACAAAAAUUAGCCAGUUGGCGAAUCAAACAAGUAUUGGAUUUUUGCAUUUUGAUGCUGUAUGCUCAACCAAAGGCCAAGUAUUAUUUACAGCUAGAAGAUGAUAUCAUAGCAAAAGAGAUGUACUUUACAAAAAUAACAGAUUUUGUACAUAGUAUUAGUUCAAAUGAUUGGUGUUUUAUUGAGUUUUCAAUGCUUGGAUUCAUAGGAAAGCUGUUUAGAUCUGAGGAUUUAACUCACUUUGUACGUUUUUUUUUAAUAUUCUACAAAGAUAAACCCACAGAUUGACUCUUGGAUGACAUUUUUCAGGUAAAGCUGUGUGACACAGGAGAAGAUCUUUUGAGUAUUUAUUUACUUUAA